AUGGAAACCGACGAUGGUGACCCUAUCGACUGGACAGUCAAUGAGGUGGUUGCAUUUCUGUGCCAUAACCCCCAAACACCAUGGUCUCAGUCAACUACCCAAGCUCCGCGGCCGAAUCCUGCCCAGUUUGAAGCCGCCCUUCGAGAGAAUUUGAUAACAGGAGAGGUGCUUUUGCAUGAUGUUGACAAGGAGACCUUGCGUGAAGAGCUUGGACUCAAGGCCAUUGGUCAUCGUAGUUCUAUGCUCAUGGCAAUACGCUAUCUCCAACGACGUUCACAGAAAUAUCAACGUUCUCGAGCGGAUCUUACUCCCCAACUUGGUGACCGUCAGUAUCCUUUCUCUCCUAGUCUUCUGGCUUCCAUGAUCCCUGGAACUCAGCAAGAGAUCUCAUCACCGGUUCAUCGGAACUUUGUGCUCUUCACAUCUGAAGUAGACGACAUCAGGCGAAAUCUUCCCGCGCCUAACUCGCCUGCACUUCCUUUGCAAAGAAAAGGAUCUGACUCGCGCGCAAUUUCCAGUGAUGUUGUCGAGAAUGUUGAUGAUUCCAGUCAGAUGCCUCAAAGCGUUCCCCCGGAUGCUGGUGGUACUGGGCCGACUACAGAGAAACAUGUAGACCAUCCCCAAACAAGCGAAGGUAUCCGCGCUCAGGAGCAUGUUUUUGUUGAUGCGCAAGGAAAGAAGCGCCGAAAGUUGGAUCUCAGCUCCUUGCCUCGGCCACAGAAUGAUAGUCUUGUUUUAAACCCGUUAAACCCCUUGCAAGAUAAGGAGUGGUACAUGGGGCCAGAACGAGUCCUUCUUUCUCAAUUGUUCUACCCCCCCACUACUGACGAGGACGAUCAAUCAUUCAUAAUGCUUGGCCCGAAAUUCCCUACUGCUCAGCGCCACGUUGUGAAAAAGUGCCUGAAUUACUACUAUAAACAGAGGCCUAUUGAGUUGAAAUCUGAUGAAGGAGGCAGCCAGCUGGCUAUUCUUCCUUAUGACUACUCAAAGGCGAAUGAGGCUGAUAAGCAUCUCUUCACCCUGUAUACAGCUAAGAAUGGAACUGUUGCAGUCACACAAGAGAACAUAAAAAAAUGGCCACAGCUGAAUCAAGCAGGUGCUACUGAUCCUAAGUCGCCACGGACACUCAAUCCUUCUGAUCCCUACUCCUAUCUUCUCCAGAAAUACCCUGCUGGGGAGGACGAUCAGGACCUGUGUCCUGUGUAUGGUGAGUCAGGCUCGGAAGGAGAGUUUGAUGAGGAAACAUGGCAAGAAAUUACCAAUGAGCAUGAUGAACUCACACAGCACAAACCAAGAAGAUUAACUUCCACUGAAGUUGAUGCAGUCAUUGAGAACUGUAUAAACGAAUUUGUGGACAAAUGGCGCCGAAAUGGCUUGCCUAAAGAAGAAACUAAGGCUUGGAAGCUCUGGCAGAUGACUCGCCGGGCAAAGUGUACUAAUCAAAGUAUUAAAGCUAUUACUCGCGACAUCAACCUUCUGGAAAGACGACUGGGCAAAGUGCUUGAAGCUAUCCGUGGGAGCGAGUACACCUCACAGGCGGAGCUACAAACGCAGUGCCAGAGCAUGGAACAAACUGUACUUGACAUACAAAAACGCAAGUGGCGCAUCUCCGUUCUGGAACAAGAAAAAUGCCCAGCAAAGGUUGCUGCUCCUCUUAAGAACAGGACGUUGCCCCAGCCGAAGGCUCGUUUUCAAGAUGAAGAGUCGCUACACUCGGAAUCGGGCAUGUCGUCUGGCUCCCUUGAUGAUUUCAUUGAUGAUUCGGAUCUCACUGGCCAUGCUCCAUCUGUUGGGAACAUUGCUGGGACCAUAGAGGAGCAGAAUAUUCUCGUCGAAACCAAUGACAGAUUGCUUGAUGAACACGGCUUCAUGGCAUCUGUUGAGAACAGUAAUAGAACGCAAACACCGACACCUUCAACGUCUGAAAGCGACGAUGAUAUCAUCAGCCCUUCAGGGAUUAGACGCAAGUCAAGGGCCCGAAGGCUGCCUUUUAUGGCCACCAGUUCUCCUUCUCCUUUGGCAGAGCAUAGGGGUGCAAACCACUCAGAGGUGAUUGAUUUAACGAUGGAGUCGCCAUCGGCAGAUGAGUUACGAAUUGAGACCCCUCCGCUCAAUCCAGUACGACCAGGACGGAUCGCUUCAGAAGAGCUGGAUCUUAAGCUCGAACGUACUCCCUCAACCUCCCCUGGUCCACCACGGGGCUCACAGGUUGUGGUUGAAAUUCCGCGAUGGAAAGCCGACCAAUCCAACCCCAAACUUGGGGAGCCAAGACCAGCAUACAAAGGAAAUUCAAAGGAUCUACCCGAUCAUUAUGACUUUGUGGCCUUGCUGUCAUAUCCCUGGGUCUUACUUGAGGAACGGACAGACCGCCGUAGGCUACUUGCAAAGUUGAUAGCUAGCCUUCCUAUUGAGGAGCGCGAGAACAUGACUAGACAGAUUCUCACAUUUGAACUGGAGAGUCUGAAAAAGCUUGUCAAAAGGGCCCUCAAAGUGCUCAAAAAAGGCGAGGAGAGAAUACCUGACAUCGACCAUGCCGUGAGCCAAUUGAUCAUGCGAACAGCUGCACUUUUCAUAUCAUGGGUGAAUUGCGUCCAUCUUUCCAUGCAAGGGAUCUCUAAGAAGCAAAUACAAAAGACUCGUCAGGAAAUCGAUGGGAUCGAGGAAUUUCACGGAGAGCUUUCCAAGAACCUGAGACUGUGUGAAGGAUUAGAGCUGCGCAAACAACCGAGCGGGAAUAAGCCUUCAACGUCAAGCAACCAGUUUGGCGACUCAGAGGACGAACAGUUGAGCCGUCCCGAUGCACCUCAUAAGAAGCGGAAGAAGAAGGUGGAAGAAAGCCAGGAUGCCAAACGAACGCAGGAGAGGGCACAGCGCCGUGUCGCACGACAGGAACAAGAACGGAAGCGACUAGAACGCAAAAUGGAAAGUAUGGGUGUGAGUAACACUGACCCUGCACGGCAAGCCGUGAGCUUCGGGGAGCCGAUCAUCUACUUAGAUUCCCAUAUUGGUCGACGCAUCAAGCCUCACCAAUUGAAUGGUAUUCAGUUUCUGUGGCGAGAGUUGAUACAUGAUGAGAAACAACAGGGUUGUCUGCUUGCCCACACAAUGGGUUUGGGUAAAACAAUGCAGGUCAUAUCACUCUUAACAACCAUAUCCGCGGCUGCUUCUUCACAUGAUCCAAGUAUAAGCCAGCAGGUACCCACAUGCUUUCAUCGAUCGCAAACGCUGAUUCUUUGUCCAUCAUCCUUGAUUGAGAAUUGGUAUGAGGAGUUCCUCAUGUGGACGCCCGAAGGAUCGAGCAUUGGGCCGCUGAGGAAGGUCACCGCUGCCAGUACGGUCUCCGAGAGGUUCCGUGAGGUGUCCGACUGGGAUGAAGAAGGCGGAAUUUUGAUUAUGAGCUACGAUAUUUUUCGAACAUGGGUCCUCAAUGCCGAGACGUCAAAAAGGGCGAAGCCUCUGCAAGACGAAGAACAUGUCAAAGUGAAAGAAUGGCUUCUGGAGGGCCCAAACAUAAUCGUCGCCGAUGAAGCUCACAAGAUGAAAAAUCCUUCUUCAGGUAUAUGUCGCGCAGCGAUGCAAUUCCGUUCCAAGAGUCGUAUUGCCCUUACUGGGUCUCCCCUUGCGAACAACCUUGUCGAUUACUAUACAAUGGUGAAUUGGAUUGCAGAAGGAUACCUUGGAGAAUUUCUUGAUUUCAAAGCAAACUACGUUGAGCCUAUUGAAGACGGCCUUUAUGUGGAUAGCACAUAUUACGAGAGGAGAAAGUCGCUCAAAAAGCUUCAGGUCCUGAAAGAGAUCCUAGACCCCAAGGUCAAUCGUGCCGAUAUCACCGUGCUAGAGGGCAGCCUGCCACCAAAGGUUGAGUUUGUCAUCACUAUUCCCUUGACGCCGCUGCAGCAGUCAGCCUACGAUUCUUACGUGAAAUCUGUGGUUCAGGGGAGAAGGGCGGAAGUUGGAACUGCAAAGCUCUGGUCCUGGAUGGCGAUCCUUGGGCUGUGUUGCAACCACCCAGCUUGCUUCAGGGAGAAGCUGUUAAGUAAAGCAAAUGAGUCUCAGAAGUCAAAAGCACAGAUGAUUCCUGGUGACGAGGCUAUUACGCAGUUGGAUCUUUCUGAUUCAGAGAGGCUGGUAUCUGAGCAAGAGGAGCUUUUUGCGGCCGUUCCCGACAUCAAAGCUUUGAACCUGUCUUACCGAGCACAGCUUCUUGACAGAAUUGUUACCGAAUCUAUCAAUGCUGGGGAUAAAGUCCUAAUCUUCUCCCACAGAAUCCCGACCCUCAAUUACAUUGAGCAUAUUCUCAAGGCUGCGAAUCGGAGCUAUUGUCGUCUAGAUGGGAAGACCCCGAUCUUCAGUCGACAGGCGUCUACGAAGAGGUUUAACACUGGCUCUGAAGAGCAGGUAUACCUUAUUUCGACCCGCGCGGGUGGCUUGGGCCUGAAUAUCCCUGGUGCGAAUCGUGUGGUGAUCUUUGAUUUCUCAUUCAGUCCUGUCUGGGAGGAACAGGCCGUGGGACGUGCCUAUCGCCUGGGUCAACAAAAACCUGUCUAUGUCUACCGCUUCAUCUCUGGAGGCACAUUCGAGGAGAUUAUGUAUAACAAGGCCGUCUUCAAGACACAGCUUGCAUUCCGAGUUGUGGAUAAGAAGAAUCCUGUUCGUUGGGCAUCCAAAAAGCUUAAUGAAUACCUCUUUCCCGCGAAACCGGUGAAGCAGCAUGAUGUCUCUGAAUUCCUCGGAAAGGACAAACAUGUGCUUGACAAAAUCCUCAAAGAAGAUAAUGGCGACGAACGGGCGAUUCGAAAAAUCAACCUCACAGAGACCUUCCAGAAGGAAGACAACGAUAAGCUGACUGAAGAGGAGCGGAAGGAUGUACAGCAGGAGCUUGAUGAUGAACGCCUGAAACGCACCGACCCACAGGCGUACCUGCGGAUGCUUGAAGAGAGGAGGCAAGCAGAGAGACUGGCACCUCCUGCUCCUACGUACUCUCAGCCCCAGGCUCAAAGCUGGGCAGCUAAACCGCCCAUGCCGUUUCGCUACGGGGCCGCGCAACAAGCUCGAUAUCCACCCUUCCAUGGGACUCUACCUUCCACUGCUCCUGCGCAACCCAAUAGCAUUGUACCGUUUACCCCUAGUAAUGCUUACACUCCUUCCAAUCCCGGCUCAACCCUUCCGGCACAUCACGGUCCUGUUCUGCCGCGGUCUGGAUCUUCCCCGGCUGCGGCAUCGACGGUAGUUCCAAAUCCCGCUCUUAAUGAUGCUCAGAAUGUGCCUCACUCUCAAAGUGAACCACCCCAACAACAGGCCACAGCGGCAUCUUCUCCUGAAUAUCAGCCUCCGAACCCCCCAAUCCGGAUGGAAAGCAGGAGCCCAAGUGUCAUUUCUGGUAGCAUGCAGGUUGAUGGGAGCGGCUCCGACUCAGCAUCACCACAGGAGAGCAUAAGUGCCUGCAGGUCGCAGUAA